UCCCCGCAGCACUCAAACCUCAAACGCGCCGCGGUGCUCUUCGCCCAUUCGGGCGACCCCGAGUCCCGAAACGCGCGCACCCCGAGCUCCAGGCGGGACUUCCUUUCUCCUGCGGAUGCGCUGAUAUUAGGGUGAGCAGGCAGAAAGGGCUUGGUCGGAGUGUCACCGGUCUAUCCGCGCGCCUCUGGACAGCAGAUGACCUGGCCGACGACUCCGCUGCCGCUGAAGCCCCGUAGAUGAAUCUCCUCCUCGGCUAUGCUGCCCUGAGAGCGCCGCGAGUAUCCGCCCCGCCAACAUGUCUGAUGUCAACAAGACUAUUCAGAAAUGGCACGCCAGUUUUAAGAAAGGCACAGACUUUGACUCGUGGGGACAAUUAGUGGAGGCUAUAGAUGAGUACCAAAUUUUGGCAAGACAACUGCAAAAAGAAGUCCAGUCAGCAAAUUCAUCAGACUUCACCGAAGAGCAGAAGAAAACUCUGGCAAAGAUUGCAACAUGUCUGGAGAUGAGAAGUGCCAGUUUGCAGUGCACUCAGUCAAAGGAAGAGUUCAACUUAGAAGACCUGAAGAAACUGGAAACCAUAAUUAGAAAUGUACUCACCUACAACAAAGAGUUUCCAUUCGAUGUUCAGCCGGUGCCGUUAAGGAAAAUCUUUGCUCCAGGUGAAGAGGAGAACCUCGAGCUGGAAGAGGAGGAGGAUGCCACAGCGGGAGCAGGUUCAACAGAAGCUUUUCCGCCACGGGCUCCUGCAGCUUUGCAAGGUACCUUGUUACCACGGCUACCCUCAGAGCCUGGGAUGACGCUACUUACAAUAAGGAUUGAAAAAAUUGGGUUAAAGGACGCCGGACAGUGCAUUGAUCCUUACAUGACCAUCAGUGUCAAAGAUGUAAACGGUGUCGAUCUGAACCCGGUGCAGGAUACCCCCGUGGCCACCAGAAAGGAAGACACGUACAUUCACUUCAGUGUGGACGUGGAGGUCCAGAGACAUGUGGAGAAAUUACCAAAAGGAGCAGCUAUCUUCUUUGAAUUCAAGCACUACAAACCCAAAAAGAGGUUCACCAGCACAAAGUGUUUUGCCUUCAUGGAAAUGGACGAGAUCAAACCCGGGCCGAUCGUAAUUGAGCUGUACAAGAAGCCCACGGACUUUAAGAGGAAGAAACUGCAGCUUCUCACAAAGAAACCACUUUAUCUCCAUCUUCAUCAGACGUUACACAAAGACAGCUAAGUCGGACCACGCUUCGAACCUUCGAAGGCCUCUCUCACAUCCACAUCCAGCAAAAUGUGGUGUUCCCCCUCAUCGCAUCAAGCAAUACUAAAAAAACAACAACAAAGAACCUGUGGUAUUUAUUUUUUAUUUUUUCCAUGAGUAUUUGAAGAAAGUAAAGUGAACAGAGCUGGAUUCCUGUCGCAUCAGCUCACACUCAGAUUUUAAAGUCUUUGAUUUUGUUGUGAAGUGUAGGAAAUACCAAGUUUUCCAGAAUCCAGAAGUAGCAUGUUCAAACCACCUCAUUUCAGUCUUCCGUAGCUCACUGAUUUUUUUUCUUUUUUUCGGGGGGUCAGGAAGAGGCCGUGAGCAUCUGCAUCUGAAUCCUUCAAUGUUCAGUUUAGACUUUUAAGUUCGGCAAACCAAGGAAGACAUGAAAUAAAUUAAAGACAAAACAGCGACAGCUUGUUCCAUUGAGCCACAAAAGAAGUGCUUUUUGUAAUCCGGGUGUAUUUAUGAGGUCCGGAGUGCACUACAAUAAUAAACUUUUAUCAUUUUUAGUUAUGAACGGUUCAUAAUCACACAUCUAAAACAGGUAUAACAGACGCAAGAGAGACGAGUCCUGACGUUUCCUCAUUUUGUCUUAAAACUAGUGAAUUAACAGAAAUUUAAAGGGGCACUAACCUGACAAAGAAUCUGUUUACUGCCUGUCGCAGACUCUGUCUCACAGUUUUGUUUCCUGCUUUAACAUUUACAGUUCCUGACAUUUAGCAGCUUUGAAUUAAAGGUGGCUUAUUUUGCACAGAUUCAGCUGCCGCCAGCUCACUAAGUAACAUGUUGUAAGUUUCCCCGCUCAAAAUGUCAAACUGUAUCUGUUUAAACUUACACUCACUGGACACUUUAUUAGGCUAUAUCUUCUUUUCUUUUUUUUUCAACUGCACAUCCACGAUGCAAAUGCCUGUGAGUUGUUCCACCACAUCCUAAAGGUGCUCUGCUGGAUUGAGGUCUAAGGACUGGAGAGGCCAUUUGAGUGCAGUAAACCUGUUGUCAUGUUCGAGAAAGCAGUUUGAGAUGGUUUAAGUUUUGCGAUCUGGUGUGGUAUCCUGCUGGAAGCAGCCAUUAGUAGAUGGGAACACUGGUCAUAAAGGGAUAGACGUGGUCAGCGACAAUACUCAGGUAGGCUGUGGUGUUUAAACAAUGCUCAGUUGGUACCAAGGGGCCCAAAGCAUGCCAUUCCAUUCACCAGCAUUUGAACCAGUGUACCUAACGAAGUGCAAGUCAUGCAAGAAUUGUGCCAUCGGAAGUAAACGUGCAUAUCAUUUGAAAAGUACAUUUUUAAUUUUCAUUUGUAAUUAAACACUAAGCAAACUCAGUCUGCACUUCAUACUGGUUUAGUGAGUAGUCACAUUCAGGUUUAUAAUGACUCAAGUGGGGCCAUCACAGGUAACAUCUUCAAUUUAAUCAAUGUUUUUUUCUUUUUAAACUUGUAGCACAUGUAAAGUGAUACUGGUUUUUUAAAAAAAACGGUUGGGUUUUUCAGAAAAAAUCACAAAGGGAGACGUUUAAUGUCCCUAUAAAUCUGACAGUGGCCACGUGUCAGCGUGGAUUUAGAAACGUAGAGGGAAAGAGAUGCAGCACGGUCUGCAUACUGUGGAAGUGUCUCGCCAUGAAGCGGAUGUUUAGCACCGGUUUCCGAUACGCAGUGUUGGAUCACAUGCUGUCGUAACCACACAGAGGGUUUUAAUCCACUGUUACGUUGCAGAUUUCGUGUUGGCUCUGUGUGAAUGGGAUUACGUUCAGAACUGUUCUCAUGCGCUUGUGCUCUUCUUUUUAUUCUAGAGACCUCUUUCUUUUCUCGAGCUUUUCACAUCUUUCUUUCCAUUUUGACUCUAUAGAUGUUCUUCACUAAAACGUCUUGUAAUUUUUGAUUUUUAGAUUUUAUUUUUGUAAUGUCACAAAAAAAAUCUGGACUGUAAAUUAACUGUAAGAUACACUAACUGAUGAAUAUACAGUAACCGUGUGUAUGUGUGAAGUGCUCUGAUGUGGCAGGAGUGAGAACUGUGGAGUGUUUUCGUUUUGGCAGAAUGAAGGAAAUUGUAUCAAACAUUUACGGCGUGUUUAAUUUCUAAUAAACUACAAAUGAGGCA